AUGACAACUAAUGGAAGUGACAACUGUGACACUGGCAGUAAAGUAAUUCUGUGGGAUGAGGAAAGAAGUGGUGGGACUGCAGACAGGGACCAAGUGGAGAACACAUACAACAGAGCUAUAACAUGGAUCAAGCCCCAACAGAUCCUGGACUGUGCAAACAAUGCCGAAAUCUUCAGAGAUGAAACAUCACCCCAGUCCCAACAUGGCAGUAAUUCAAAUAAUCAGACUCUCGAAACAGGGAACAGGGACCAGCUGGAUGACCCAACACAUCUACAGAUGGGAGUUAAUGAUGAUUAUGUUGGGGAUGAAACAGGGUGUGAUCUGCCAUCCAUCUACAGUCAAUUAACCACUUUAACAGUAGGUUCUUGUGGAAGUUCUGUUAUUCAAACUGAUUCAUCAUCAGGCUAUCACUCCCCCAUGAGGUCACAACCAUCAGACAGCAGCAACUUCUGUAGGCCUGGGAGAUCAGCAGGUGGUCAAGCCAGUGGACGAGGAGAAGCAGUCAGUUCAUUUGGUCAACAUGGACAAGAGUACAAUCCAUCAGAUGUGGACAGUCACCACUCCAUUCCAUCCCACUGUCUUAUGGACCCCCUUGGUCCACCUCGUGAGGAAAGUCGAAAAAAACCCCGCAAAACAUCAGAAAACAGACAAUCAGGAACCAGUUCAAGACGUACGGACCAAGUGAUUUACAAGAGGACAGAUGGGGGAGCUGGGAUGGAACGAGCUUCACCUUCUGGGGCAACUCAAGGUCAUGUAAGGAGUAGUCAUGGUGACAGAGAGGCAAGAGCUACACGUAAACAUCCCAAACAGAGGAAGAAAUUAAAAAAAGAACCAUAUCCUGCUGAAGUUGAUGACAACAUGAAAGAGAAAAUGGAGGCUAUCAUGCCUAUGUUCACUGAAAGGGUUGACCCAGGACUGCUGCAGCUGCAUCUCAGGGGAUGUCUUAAGGAUUAUCAAUGUGAACACAUACGUAAUCAGUCUGAUGUCAAGCCACGGCCAUACGUGAACCAGACACUCUGGAACUACUUAAAGAGGGCUCCUUACUGGUGGCAGAACCUUGAGAGAGCCCUGGAGGAAUGUGGAUACAAUAAACUGUUGGCCAAACUGAAGGAAGAAUAGGAUGUGGUAUUGGAGUCGGGUAGAUUGCUGACUUUGUGUGCUGGUGAUUAGGUGUUGGACUCUUGAGGGUGUGGGUACGAAUUCUGGAUGGGACUCAACACAACAAAAGUAUUAGAAUCUAUGUACUUUAUGUUAUAUUUGGGAUUACACUUUCUUAGUUAGUA